CCUCGGCGCGCGCCCGCCGCGGCUGGUAACAGAGGGAAGAGGCUGCAGGCCGGGAAAUAGUUCCCCGCUCCGUUGUUUCGGGCUCCCGGGGCUGCGAAGGGGAGGGGAGCCGAAAGGAGAACCGUCGCAGAGGCUGCGCGCGGCCCUCGCCGCCUGCGUGCGUCCGUGCGUGCGCUCGCUCGCGCGGGCUCAGUGCUGGCGCGUGAAGCGGAGGCGGGCGGCGGCGGCGCCUGCGCGGUCGUGCUCGGUCGUCGGUUCGCAGGGGAGGAGGCAGCGGGAGGCGGAGGAGGCGGCGGCGGCAAUGGAGGUGAAGCGGCUGAAAGUGACCGAGCUGCGGUCGGAGCUGCAGCGGCGGGGCCUGGACUCGCGCGGCCUCAAGGUGGAUCUGGCGCAGCGGCUGCAGGAGGCGCUGGACGCCGAGAUGCUCGAGGACGAGGCCGGUGGUGGCGGGGCCGUGCCCGGCGGGGCCUGCAAGGCGGAGCCUCGGCCUGUGGCCGCGUCGGGCGGCGGCCCGGGCGGGGACGAAGAGGAGGACGAAGAGGAGGAGGAGGACGAGGAGGCGCUGCUUGAGGACGAGGACGAAGAGCCACCUCCUGCCCAGGCCUCGGACCAGGCCUCGCAGCCGCCGCCGGAGCCCCCGGAGGAGGCAGCCGUGGAGGCCGCGGCCGAGGCCGAGGCCGAGCCUGAGCCUGAGCUCGAGGCCGAGCCCGAGCCCGAUGCUUCCGAGAAGCCGGCUGAGGAGGCCGCGGCCGAGUCAGGUGGCGUUAAUGGUGGCGAAGAGCAGGGCACCGGCAAAGGGGAAGAAGAGGAGCCGGAGGAGCGCAGCGGGGACGAGACGCCGGGAUCCGAGGCGCCGGGUGACAAGGCCGCAGAGGAACAGGGAGAUGACCAAGAUAGUGAAAAGUCAAAACCAGCAGGCUCAGAUGGUGAGCGGCGGGGGGUAAAGAGACAGCGGGAUGAGAAGGAUGAACAUGGCCGAGCUUACUAUGAAUUCCGAGAGGAGGCUUACCACAGCCGCUCAAAGUCUCCACCACCCCCUGAAGAAGAGGCAAAAGAGGAGGAGGAAGAUCAAACUCUUGUGAACCUGGACACGUAUACCUCUGAUCUCCAUUUUCAAGUGAGCAAAGACGGCUAUGGAGGGCAGCCACUUUUCUCAGAGAAGUUCCCUACCCUGUGGUCUGGGGCAAGGAGUACUUAUGGAGUGACAAAGGGGAAAGUCUGCUUUGAGGCCAAGGUAACCCAGAAUCUCCCAAUGAAAGAAGGCUGCACAGAGGUUUCUCUCCUUCGAGUCGGAUGGUCUGUUGAUUUUUCCCAUCCACAGCUUGGUGAGGAUGAAUUCUCUUACGGUUUUGAUGGACGAGGACUCAAGGCAGAGAAUGGGCAAUUUGAGGAAUUUGGCCAGACUUUUGGGGAGAAUGAUGUCAUUGGCUGCUUUGCUAAUUUUGAGACUGAAGAAGUAGAACUUUCCUUUUCUAAGAAUGGAGAAGACCUUGGUGUGGCAUUCCGGAUCAACAAGGAAUCCCUGGCAGACCGGGCGCUCCUACCCCAUGUCCUCUGCAAAAAUUGUGUUGUAGAAUUGAAUUUUGGUCAGAAGGAGGAGCCCUUCUUCCCACCGCCAGAAGAGUUUGUGUUCAUCCAUGCUGUGCCUGUUGAGGAGCGUGUGCGCACUGCAGUCCCACCUAAGACCAUGGAGGAGUGUGAGGUGAUUCUGAUGGUGGGACUGCCUGGAUCUGGAAAGACUCAGUGGGCACUGAAAUACUCAAAAGAAAACCCUGAGAAAAGAUACAAUGUCCUGGGAGCUGAGACUGUCCUCAAUCAAAUGAGGAUGAAGGGGCUUGAGGAGCCAGAAAUGGACCCCAAAAGCCGAGACCUUUUAGUUCAGCAAGCCUCCCAGUGCCUUAGCAAACUGGUCCAGAUUGCUUCCCGGACAAAGAGGAACUUCAUUCUUGAUCAGUGUAACGUGUACAACUCUGGCCAACGGCGGAAACUGUUGCUGUUUAAGACGUUCUCUCGGAAAGUGGUGGUGGUUGUCCCUAGCGAGGAGGAUUGGAAGCAGAGGCUGGAGUGGAGGAAGGAAGUGGAGGGCGACGAUGUGCCUGAGUCCAUCAUGCUGGAGAUGAAAGCCAACUUCUCUUUGCCUGAAAAAUGCGACUACAUGGAUGAGGUGACAUAUGGGGAGCUGGAGAAGGAAGAAGCUCAGCCUCUUGUCACUAAGUACAAGGAGGAGGCCAGGAAGCUGCUGCCCCCCUCUGAGAAACGGACAAACCGCCGGAACAAUCGAAACAAGCGCAACCGGCAGAACCGAAGCCGAGGCCAAGGCCAAGGCUAUGUGGGCGGGCAGCGCCGAGGCUACGACAACCGGGCCUACGGGCAGCAGUACUGGGGGCAGUCUGGAAACAGAGGGGGUUAUCGUAAUUUCUACGAUCGAUACCGGGGAGAUUAUGAUCGCUUCUAUAGUCGAGAUUAUGAGUACAACAGAUACAGAGACUAUUACAGACAGUACAAUCGGGAUUGGCAGAAUUACUACUACCACCACCCCCAGGACAGAGACCGAUACUACAGGAACUACUACGGUUACCAAGGGUAUCGGUGAAGCCUCUGCCCUUGUCACCUGUCAGCCAUGAAGCUGAAUCUCUGGGGGUGCCAGCCAUCCCCAAAAACACAACCAAGGAAAACAGGGGCUGUCGGGGUGGGGCUGAGCUGCCGGGGAGGGGUGGUGGGAGGGAGGGUGCGCAAGCAAGGGUGGGGGAGGGGGGAGGUGGAAACAAACAACAAAACUGUACAUUUUUUUUAAAGUUUGUUGAAAAGAAUAUUGUCUUAUUCUAUAAAACAUUUCAAACCUAGUUAGAUAUUUGUAAUCAAAAAACAUUUGCUCAGAAAGCAGCACUUAGGGCUGCCUGUCCUAUACCCUGCAGUUGGACAGGAAAAGGACUGAAAAUGUCACCCUUUAACACUGUAAGGCAGCAGGAGCGCAGCCAUGUGAGGGAGAGUGAGGAGGUGGAGUGGAGGGUGAGCAAGCAAGCGUGUGAGGGCACUCUCCGUAGCAGGCAGGAGUGGGACAGAGGGAGAGCUUGUGACUGGGGCAGUGAAAUAAACGAUUGGCUCUUAUCAAUCACUUGCACCAACUAA